UCCGUUGUUUAUAUGCGGCUGUAACAGGAGGAGAGGAUGCUACUGUCUGAAAAACUGUAAUUUUUUAAACAAAUUCUUCAAAAUGGACGAAGUAAAAGAUAAUUUGGCUUCCAAAGGAGUCGCGGAAAGGUUGACUCUAGGGAUUAUACGGAUUCUCGAAAACAUGCCGGGCGUAGCUGAUGUGCGCUUUGCAGAAAGAGAACCAGCGGAGAAGCGAAGUCUGCUGUCCUGGGAGCAAAAAAGGGCGUGUAUUUUGCCUGAAGAUCUGCGGGAUUUCUACCUCACUACAGACGGAUUCACACUGAACUGGAAUGUCAAAUUAGACAAUGAGAGCGUUCCUCUGGGCUGUAUGAAGCUGAACAGUGUCUCUCGCCUGUCUCCUCUGAUGCCACCUGUGUCUCUGUUCUCACUCCCCAACGCGCCCUCCCUCUGUGACCUGGACUGGGACGAGAAGGAACCGGGCUCAGCUUGGUCUCCAGCUCCUCCGCAUUUUGAUUCUCGCAGUCGGAUUUUUGAGCUGGAUUCUUGUGGAGGAAACGGAAAAGUCUGUUUGGUCUACAAGAACUGCACUCCAGGUGUAGUGGCUCAGAGCAGUGAAGUCUGGUUCUUGGACCGGUCUCUGGGCUGGCACUUCCUCACCUCCUCAUUCACCUCCUACUACAGACUGAUGAUCACUCACCUGGGCCUUCCUGAGUGGCAUUACAACUUUACCCCCUAUGGACCCUCCCCCCAGGCCAAGCAGUGGGCAUCAUUGUAUCAGCCCCUGACCUUCGCUGAUCCCCAGGACCCGAUCUCCGACCCCCCGCUGAACCACUUGGACCCGAGUCGAGCCUUCAAAGCCAAGACCAAGACUCCCCCAAAGAAGAAACCCUCAGGCCAGGGAGGGGGAGGGGCAGGGAGGGCUGGAGCAGGGAGGGGAGGGGGAGUGAGGAGGUGAGAGAGGAGGGGGGAGUCUGGUGUAGAUCUGGUUUAGACCCAGUUAAAUGCUGGUUUAGUCAUGGUUUAGACCCAGUGUAGACCUGGAUUAGUCCUGGAUUAGUCCUGGAUUAGUCCUGGAUUAGUCCUGGAUUAGUCCUGGAUUAGUCCUGGAUUAGUCCUGGAUUAGUCCUGGAUUAGACCUGGGUUGGACCUAGUUUAUACUGGGUUUAGACUUGUGUUAGACCUGGUUUAGUCCUAAUUUAGAUCUGGUAUAAUCUUGGUUUAGACCUGGGUUAGACUCAGCGUUCAUUCAAAAGUAUUCUGACUCCAUAUAAAUGUAUUAUCAAUGUUGUUUUUGGCUAAUGCUUCUCUAUGAGCUACAGGCUUUUGCACUGCUGCCUAAAACAUAAGGGAUCUCCAUAGUAACAAAUCAUUUUUUGCACUUUUGUCUUGGUAAUUCAUGUU